UUGAUUUCCUGUAGGCCUAUUUUAUCACACACAACCCUCUCGACUCUCGGCUGCCGCACCACACGAACGAAAUAUCUUAUUAAACGAAUCACUAAAUUUCACUGUGACACUAAUUUAGCUGAAAAAAAACUUCUACAAUUAAAAGUGGUAAAUUUUGUAUGUGGAAGCCCCCUUGGAAACCUGGACUUGGAAACUUCCCUGAAUAAUUGGUUUAUAACCAUCGGCUGCUUGGACUGUGUCAGAAGCUUCUGCGGUUAGCCAAGUUGCUGGCCACGCGACACAACCGCUCCGCAGUCACGCGACUGCAGGCCUGCUCAGUCAUAUUUUGCGAGGGGCUCAUUCUGAGCUCAGCUGUGGUGGACGGUGGCAGUCUGACUCGUGUUUCGUCCGCGGUCUUGAAUCACUCGACGACAUUUAUGAUAAACACUCUCUCAAUCUGGACGGUAAUAACUCUGCCUUGUCUAUUUAUUCGGAUUAAAAUGGUGGACGUUUCGAAGAGGUACAGGAAAUGCUGACCUAGAUUCCACGAACCUUGAAAUUGAUUUGCUAGUUGACCACCCUGGAGACCACCGUACCCUAUCUCUCACCAACCACUACGUCACUGGUGACGUCACACAUUCCCAUCUUCAUGUGACGCGUAACAAAUAAGAGGACGCGUAUGAUUCCAUUUUCUACUGGGACUUGUUUUGGUUGAGAUAGAAGCAAUCGGGCACGACGGUCAAAUCUGAAUCAUAACACACCAGCCGAAACGUAUUUUCAUUGUCAGUACUUGCACCACUAUCACAGGGGGCGCAAUAAUUUGUUACAAAAAAUACCGAGAAACGCCUGGGGAGUGAGCCUACAGCAGCAGGUCCAACAUCUGAUAUAUAUUUCCCUAACACUCGGGAACAAAGCAACACUGAAUGUGUCAGAGUGUGUGAUGAUCAUUACGGAAGGGACAAUGCCAAGAUAAUAGCGAAGGAUAGAGCGAAAGUUCAUUGAACUCCUUCUCAUUAGACUAUCAGAUGAAAGAUAUCAAGAUGAGUAGGAAUAUAGUUCCAACCAAAUGUUCCGAGUGUAAGCUAGCUGUACUUGGAAGAUGCAGUGUUGGAAAGUCAGCAACCAUAGUGAGGUACCUGACUAAACGCUUCAUUUGGGAGUACGAUCCGACAUUAGAAUUUAUAUACCGCCACCAGACGGCCGUUGAUGAUGAGCUUGUUUCCAUGGAGAUAUUAGAUACAGCUGGGCAGGAGAUAGAUAGCAUACAGAGAGAGGGUCACGUGAGAUGGGGCGACGGGUUUCUCGUGAUCUAUAGCAUAACGGACCGGAAGAGCUUUGAAGAGGUCGUCCAGAUCAAAAACUUUCUCGACGAGAUCAAAAAGGCGCGGAACGUCUCCGUCGUCAUCGUCGCCAACAAGUGCGACCUCGAUCACAUGCGGGAGGUCAGCACGGAGGAGGGGGAGAAGAUGGCGCAGGACCUCGCGUGCGCGUUCUACGAGUCGUCCGCGUGCCGCGGAGACGAGAGCAUACCGGAAGCCUUUCAUGAACUGUACCGUGAAGUCAGGCGACGGCGGGCGAUGGAAGGGAACAAGUCGCGCAGGCGGAGCUCCAUUCAACAGAUGAAACAAGUUCUGAAUAAAACAUUAACGAAGAUUAACAACAGACAAUGAUCAUUGCGAUACAUCGAGAUAUUUCGUGAAAGGAUAAUGUACUAUUUUUGUCAUCAUUGUUAUACAUUUUCAGAGAACUUCACAUCUUUCAGGAGUGGACAUAAGUCACAUAUUUCUUCGUGAUCUCCCCUGUAAGUCCUUUGUUGUCAAAAUGGACACAAAUAAACUAUGAAUAUAUAUCUUGUGAGACAAUAAAUUGGUUAUAUAAUCAUCUUUUCAAGCAUUGGUAAAUGACAAGGUCAUUUAAGGGCAAAAUGCCAAUCGGAUCAGAGACUGCAAACUUCGAACCACAUACACCGCUUAUAACCUAGGAAGCCUCUACUUCCAUGAUAUAAGAUGUACAUUGACAGGUGAAUGAACAGACAAUUUAUCAUUACUAAUGGAAUGGGAGUUUAAGCAGCAAUCCAACAGCAACAUCUCAGUUAUUGCAGUUUAUUUCAUAUGAGUUAAAUUGCACCAGAUUGUUAUUAUUGAAAUUUUUGUAAACAUAUAUUCAAUGACUUGACUAGUAGAACUGAGUUAUUUCUAUAUCAUGGGCAGUAAAAAAGGUUUAACAGUUUAAAAAGGUCUGAACAUGCCAAUGUCGCAAAUGUGCACGAUACUACACAUAAACCCCAAGGAGAUGUAAUUUACUUGGCACUUUAAGAGUUAAUUAAGUGAUAAAAACACGAUGGCCUGUGAACAUGCCUGUUGACUAUUUUGAAUUAUCAACUAUGAACAUUCAGUAUCAACCAAGUACAACAUUAUUUGUACAUGUAAGUAAUUAAUAAUUUUUGGGGGCAUGGGUCCCUAAACAAAUAAUUAUUUUCAAGGUUCUGUCUCUGCUAUUUCAUCCAGAGUUAGAACUUGUGCAAAGAAUCCCCUUUAACUUGGCAAAAGUAGAAACAUCAAUGAAUUUGAAAAGCAACAAUUUCUAUGAAGUUAAUAAGUAGAAGAGGCUUUCCCA